UUUAUCAGUGUUCAUCGUGUUCAUAGUUGAAAAAUCUAUCACUUUCACUCACACUCUUGUGCGUAUAUACGCUGCUCGCAUGAAAAAGAAAACAAAAGUUAUCAUCUCGUAUUUUCAUACUAAGUGUUAAAUCAUUAAAGUUUUCAAUCACUAAAGAUAGAAGUUAAAAAAACUGACGACAAUGGCUCACAUUCAAUAUACGGACGGGUUAGUGCGCGAGUAUGUACUUUUCCGGGGGUUUUCCAACACCCUGAAAUCGUUCGAUGCAGAGCUUAAAAAUGAUAAAGACAAAAGCUUCCGUGUAGAUAAAAUUAUCGAUCAGUUAAUGCAACUAAUCCAAACACACGACCUACAAGGUCUGAGGGAUUUAUGGGCGCACUUGAAUAAUCAUCUGUUUCGUAAUUUAGAGCACAGUUUCACUGGUGCUGUGAUCAAGUUAGAGCAAUCCAUACUCAAGUUUUAUUUAAUAAUUGCUUACAUAUCCAAUAAAUCAGAUAAAAUAAAUGAAUUUUUCACAAAACUAGCAUCAGAAUUGGUCUCGCAAAGUGAAUGGAAGGAAUGGUUUUUUUUUCCGUUUUGCAAAAAUCCGGAAGAACAUUCUGCAUUUGCUGUAUGUUUCACAAAACAAUGGCAGGACACCUUGCUCAUAUCUUUGCACAACUUUUUGUCUACCAUAUACCAGUGCAUGCCACAACCAACGAUCUCCAAAGUUGAAGCCGAAAGUAGUCUACUCCGAAAGUUACAGGAAGAAAACGCUCAACUGCGUAGUAAGCUGCAAAGCAUCCAGCAGCAAGUAACUGCUGGAACUGCUACUAGCUCUACUCAUCAGUCCCGUCUGUCAAGUUUUAACGAUCAAAAGUAUACUCUCGAUGGCAAAACGCGUUAUUCGACGCGAUCAGUUGGUACCGGACAGACACUCAACGAUGUUAUCCCUUUCGACAUCCCUCCACCAGCGCACAUCGUAGAUGAUUUCUACAUUAUCGCUCAAGAGUCCAACAAUAUUGGCAAUGCGGCCGAAUCACAGGCACGGGGACUAAAGUCUCUAAUCAAAAACAUCAGUUCCGGAGGUAGUCCGGUUUUGGGUCGGAAGGAUACCGCAGCAGAGCGCAACAAAAAACGAUCCGGUAGUGUUGGCAGCCGGAGCAAUUGGAUCCACAGCUAGUGCGGUGAGUAUAGUUUAGUUAAACCUUGUUAUUCCAAUGAUGAUUGUGAUUCUCUAAUAAAAGAUCUCUGACUUUA